CUCCGCUAGUUGACCACGGUCCUGGGAGACAGACCACGUCCUUCUGGUCCAGACUCUGCCCUCCCGGUGCCGAGUUUAUCCUACUGCGCCAUACUCGCUGCUCUGGUGCCCAACUCGUUCCAAAACCAGUCCGGCUGGUCCCAGAAGUCGUGUUUUGUUUUUUUUUCCAAGCGGGUGGGGCAUCUUCGUCAUCUUUCUUUGCCACAAUCUUUGAUUAGGCUCUUCUCCAGAAUGGCCGGUAACGCGUGGAGGUCAAUGUUGUCCCAGGUGGUCGUCGGCGCCACCAAGCGUCCCGCCUUGCCGUCGUUCUCUUCCAGAGGAAUGCAGACGGUCACGCUGAUUCCCGGCGACGGAAUCGGACCGGAGAUCUCCAGCGCCGUCAUGAAGAUCUUUGAGUCGGCAAAAGCUCCCAUCCGCUGGGAGGAGAGGAACGUGACGGCCAUCAAAGGUCCUGGCGGCAAGUGGAUGAUCCCGUCCGACGCCAAAGAGUCUAUGGACCGCAGCAAGAUCGGCCUGAAAGGACCUCUGAAGACGCCCAUUGCCGCGGGUCACCCCUCCAUGAACCUCCUGCUCAGGAAGACCUUCGACCUCUACGCCAACGUCCGGCCGUGCGUCUCCAUCGAGGGCUACAAGACGCCGUACACCGACGUGGACCUGGUCACCAUCCGCGAGAACACGGAGGGCGAGUACAGCGGCAUCGAACACGUGAUUGUGGACGGCGUGGUUCAGAGCAUCAAACUGAUCACGGAGGACGCCAGCAGACGCAUCGCCGAGUACGCCUUCGAGUACGCCAGAAACAACCAGCGAAACAGCGUCACCGCCGUCCACAAGGCCAACAUCAUGCGGAUGUCGGACGGGCUCUUCCUGAGGAAAUGUCGCGAGGUGGCGGAGAACUUCAAAGACGUCAAGUUCACGGAGAUGUACCUGGACACCGUGUGCCUCAACAUGGUGCAGGACCCCUCGCAGUUUGACGUGCUGGUGAUGCCCAACUUGUACGGAGACAUUCUCAGCGACCUGUGCGCCGGCCUCAUCGGCGGACUCGGCGUCACGCCCAGCGGCAACAUCGGCGCCAACGGAGUGGCCAUUUUUGAAUCUGUCCACGGCACCGCCCCCGACAUCGCCGGCCUGGACCUCGCCAACCCCACCGCCUUGCUGCUCAGCGCCGUCAUGAUGCUACGUCACAUGGGCCUCCAUGACCACGCCCACAAGAUCCAGACGGCUUGCUUCGACACCAUCAGAGACAAGAAGGUGCUGACUAAGGACUUGGGAGGAAAUUCCAAAUGUUCAGAGUUCACGGCGGAAAUUUGUCAUCGCAUUCAGGACCUGUAGAGAGGUGGCCGUGAUGUGCCUGCUGACUCCGCCUCCUCCUCUUCUCUAACCUCAGAUGUUGGUACCAGUGAAGGCUCACAGCAAACAUGCACACAACCAUCACAUGACCAAGAUGUUUCUGACUGAAAGCAGGAUGAUGAUGCUAAGUAGGAGGAGCUUCACAUUUUUAUAUCAGUCGCUAAUGAACUUAUUUAUUGAUUCUUCUUCAUCACGGCUUUGCUUCAUUAAAAAGGUCUUUUUGUCUCCA